AUGAGAGAAAGUCGUCCACAACCACUGAUUCUCCAAUGGAGGAAGAACCAUCUUCCGUAUGACAUUGUACUGAACAUCCUGGAAAGACUACCCGUGAAAUCAGUGAUAAGAUUCAGGUUUGUUUGCAAAUUCUGGGACUCUUUAAUCACCACCCCAUAUUUCAUCUCCACCCACCUUAAUUUCAACAACAAAGAGUCCCAUGAUAAUGCUAAUGGUUAUGUCAUACACAUGGGUUCUUCUCGGUCUUCUGACAGACAAGUCUGUACGGUUGCUUUAGACCGCACGUUUGAUAGGAUUUCUGAGGUUCAAAUUCCCAUAGAUAUUUCUCUUGAUUCUGUCCGAAUGGUCGGUUCCUGCAAUGGCUUAUUGUGUUUCGCUAAGCAUGGUUCCCGUAAAGCUAUAUAUUUUUGCAAUCCUAGCAUUAGAAAAUUCAAGACUUUGCCUGAACCUUGCUUAGGCCAUUUAAAACAUGUUUCAGUUGGAUUCGCUUAUCAUUCUGAGAAUAAUGACUACAAGGUUGUGAGGAUUUCAUCUUCUCCUUGGAUGUCAAUUGUCUCUCUGCCUGAGAUUGAGGUGUACACAUUAAGUUCGGAUUCAUGGAGAAGCAUUGGAAUCGAGUUCGCAACCAAUGUUAUAGUCUAUGAUUAUAAUUGUCGUUUGACAAUCCCAUUGGUUAGUGGAGCUUUGCACUGGCUGGCACAUAUCAAAGAAGGAGAAGAGAAGCAGGGCAUUGAUAUUAUUAUGGCAUUUGAUGUCAAUACUGAGAAAUUCAGAAAGCUAGCAGCAUUUCCUCAUGUUUUUAUCGAGACAAAUCCUUGUGACAGAUACCUUACAUCAUUCAAAAGGAAACUGGCUUUCAUUACAUUUGGAAGUAGUGAACAACCUGGCUCCCCGUGCUCCAUAUGGGUUAUGAUGGAGUAUGGUGUGGUUGAGUCUUGGAUUAAACUUUCUGUUAUACCGUUUGAAAGAGUACCUCGUUGCAUUGCCUUUACCGAGUACGGUUCACUUCUGAUUUGGUCCAGCAACGAUCAAGUAGAGAAUCAGGGAUCUAAGUUUGUUUCAUUUGAUGCUGAAACUCUACAUAAGAAGGAUCUUGAUAUACAAUAUACAUCAUUUGCAGCUACUUUCGUGGAGAGCCUUGUUUUACUUGAUGAAGCAAACGUGAUAUGCUACUAA